UAUCAUUUUAUAAUUACAUAUAUAUGCGACAAACAAAAUUUAGAGACAUCAGAACUUUAAACUCGUAAUAUUACGAUGUGGAGAUCACUUCGCCUUUCUGGGCUGAUAUAAAGUAUAGAGGUUGAGAGGCGAGGGACAUGGACAGCAUGUACUCGGCCAGCCUAAUGAUGGGUUCACUCUCCACGCUCCCUUCUUCCCAUUUCUCUCAGCUCACGCAGUCCAUCUCCGCCGUCGUCCGCCACCGCCGCCUCCACCGCCUCUCCGCCGUACUCUCCUCCCCGGCUCUCUUCUCCCUCGCUCUUCUCACCCUCCAAUCACUCUCUCUCCACCACAAGUCCCUCCUCGUUGCCCACUAUCUCUUCUCAAAUCUCACCCUUCUCAAAACCUUGAUCCUAAACCCCUCCCACCCCGACCCCACCGUCAAGCUCCGGGACCUCGACUCCGUCCUCCUCCUCCUCCUCCUAUGCGAGGUCGACCGCCACGAUCGCACUUUGCUCGACGCGCCUCCCUCUCGGUGGCGCGUCGCUCUCCGCGAUUACAUGUCGGACUCGCUCCUGCGAGUUUCGACUUGCGGCGGAUUCUCUGCCGAAGGAGUUUUGCUCGAGUUCGUUGAGUCGGUGGGGAGGUGCUGGAAUUUGGUCGAUGUUAUGUGUUGUGGCGGUGGGAAGGGAGAUACGGCGGCGGCGGCGGCGGCUGUAGCGGCGCUGCCGACGGUGGAAGUGAGGGGGGAGUACUGUGCGAUAUGUAAAGAAGAUAUGGGGGAAGAUAGAGAUAGAGAUAUAGAUAGAGAUAGAGGUGUGUGUGCAAUGCCGUGUGGGCAUUUGUUCCACUGGGAAUGUAUACUGCGGUGGCUGGGCGACCGGAAUACGUGUCCCUGCUGCCGCCACCGCCUCCCCACUGACGAUAUCCACCGAGACAUCAAAGAGUUGUUGGACGACCUCGCCCAAUUGGGUGGUAGCGCCGUCGCCGUCGCUUGCUAACUAAUCGUUUUUACAUAAUACCAAGAUAAUUUGUUCAAUUCAUAGCAAUCUAACACACCAUAUUUUGUUAUAACUCCCUAGUUAAGCAACCUAGGUAAACUACUAAUAGGAUGGGCUACUUAGAAAAAUAUAUAUAUUUUUUAUAUUGUGGGUUUUUUUUGAUAAAUUAUAUUCACUCUGUUCCGAAACAAUAGUAUUGGUUGUGUUGGACACGAAAUUUAAGAAAUAUUGAUAUUAUACUGAUAGUAGUUAAAAAGUAUAGGUAAAAGACAUUUUUGCCCUUGUAAGUUUAUUAAUGUAAAAUGUAGUGAUAAUUGUGUAAUAAUAAUGAAAGAGUAAGGGUAGUUAUAUAGUGAUAUAGUUAUUUAUGGAAAUAAGACUAUUGUUUUGGGACGGAUAAAAGUAGUAAACAAGACUAUUGUAUUGGGACGGAGGGAGUAUAACAUUUUAAUAAAAAUGCACAAAAGACCUGUGUUUUAUUCAUUGGAUGAACCCCUUGUGUUAAUAUAAAGUUUACGUGAAACACAUUUUUUUUUUAUCCAA